UGGGUCUACGGAGAAACUACUUUUAUGACUUUUGUGCUGACCUUAUAACCCCUAGAAUAAUAAACUCCAUAAGAACUCAGUAUGUGUCUACCCCACCAAAGCUCUGCCUAGUCUACUGCCUAAAUAUAAGAAUGUCUGGGCCACUUUCGUUUUUGUUUUUGGGUUGUUUUUUAUUUUAGUUGAUUAUGUAUCCUCUAGAUAGUUUAUCAUCUUUCAAAUAAAAAUUCUCUCUUCUGGGGGGAGCGCCUGGCUGUUGAGUCGCUGGAGCAUGCCACUCUUCUCCUCUGGGUCCUGAGUUCAAGCCCCACUUUGGAUGUAGAACUUACUUGAAAAAUAAAUAAAUAAGAAAAUUUCUCUUUUUAGUGUCUAAACCUUUUCUUUCUUUUUCUUGCUUUUGUGCAAUGGCUAGAACGUCCAGAACAUUAUUGAAUAAUGGGGGUGAGAACAGGCAUUCCUAGGGGUGUCAGACAAUCUGGAAUUCUCCCUGGAGGAAGAGGUCCCAGAACCCAGCAAGCCGCAUAAGACUAGGUCAUGGCUCAGGAAUCUGAACCCUUCACUGCAGCACAGUCUGGGAGAGCCCCGUUGUCCAGAGCCUGCCGCAGGGCAAGAGCCAGGCCCUGCUUUGGGCCGUCUCAAAUACCGGCCAGCUACCAGGUUGGGUGCUGGACACCGAUCCCAAAUGGGACCUCAGAUGAGGGGGUGCUUGGAUCAUUUUGGAGAGGCCGGGAGGUGCAGCGGGGCCGCUGCACUCGCGGCAGCAUCUCCCGCGCCGUCUGCGUCCCCUCUGUCCAGGCUUCAGGGCCCAUCGGCCCACUGGGAGGUUGGGCUGGGCGGGUGGGCGGGAUCCCUGGCGCCAGGCCGCCGCCUCGGGGAGCUGGCGCUCCUUGUGGGGCUGGAAUUCUGGGUGUGGCCGCCCUCUGGCGCCGGGUGACCCCGGGCUUCUCAGCCCCUGCCGCGGCAGGCGCCGAAAAUGGACGGUGCCUCUCCGGCUGCAGCUCGCGCGCCAGGGGUGGAGGAGCGGCAGCCACCACAUCCAGGCUCUUUCAGGACCCCAAGACACCUUCCAACCUGCCCUGUGCCCUGAGAAGAUCCUGGAGGGUCCACAACGCUGGUGUGAUUCUGAGUGACCAACAGAUGCAUGGAAAGACGGCUUCUCUGAAGAGCCCCGUGUCCUGCUCAGAGAAACUAGCCAGGGUUCAGGCACCCUUGGACUCCAGUCUGCACUGGCCAGAGGGCUUGAAGGGUGAAGAGAUAAAGAAGUGUGGCCGAGAAGGGACACUACUGAGUAAAUACAACCAACAAUACCACAAGCUGUUUAAGGACAUCCCCUUGGAGGAGGUGGUUCUCAAAGUGUGUUCCUGCGCCCUCCAGAGAGACCUUCUUCUCCAGGGCCGGCUCUACAUCUCCCCCAACUGGCUCUGCUUCCAUGCCAGCCUCUUUGGCAAGGAUAUAAAGGUGGUCAUUCCCGUGGUGUCUGUCCAAAUGAUCAAAAAACACAAGAUGGCGCGGCUUCUUCCUAAUGGCCUGGCCAUCACCACCAACACCAGCCAGAAGUACGUCUUUGUGUCACUGCUUUCCCGGGACAGUGUAUAUGACAUGCUGAGAAGGGUCUGCACACACCUCCAGCCUUCCAGCAAGAAGAGCCUGAGUGUAAGAGAAUUUCCAGAGGAACCUGAGUGCGAGUCCCUGGAAGUCCUCAUCCCUGAGAUGAAGUGGAGAAAAGUGUGCCCUGCCUCCAGGUCCCUGUCCCUCCCAGACAACAUCCCUUGUAUCCCUCGGGCAUCCAUGGACUCCACGGACAGCUUCUUUCCCAGGAAGCCUCCUGGGUCUGAGAAUGACGUCUGUGAGGAGGAGAAGCUGGAGGAGGAGCCCAGGAGCGAUGGGAAGCUGAGGAUCUGGGAUUACCAGCUCCUCAAGGUCAUCUUUGUACUGAUCUGCUUCUUGGUCAUGUCCUCAUCCUAUCUGGCAUUCCGCAUCUCCCGGCUGGAACAGCAGUUAUGCUCCCUGAAUUGGGAUGGCCCGGUCCCUGGGCACAGGUGA